AUGGGCGACUCCAAGGAAGAGAGGGAGAAUCGUCUGUGCUCCCCGGUUGCUGUUCCUCAAACGCAGACACACAGCUUGGAGCAGAUCCAGCAGCAGCUGACUCAGAUCAAUGUCUCGCUGGCUGGCCUGUGCCGGCCCUGCCCCUGGGACUGGGAGCUCUUCCAGGGAAGCUGCUACCUCUUCUCCCAGACUCAGGGCAGCUGGGAAGCCUCAGCCUCCUCCUGCCAGGACCUUGGAGCCCACCUGGUGAUUAUCAACAGUGUUGAAGAGCAGAGAUUCAUGAAAUACUGGAAUGUGAGGAAGAACCAACGCUCCUGGAUUGGCCUCAGUGACCUUAGACGUGAAGAUUCCUGGCAGUGGGUGGAUGGCACCCCUCUUCAGCUCAGCUUUUGGAAAGAAGGGGAGCCCAACAAUGAUGGGGAUGAGGACUGUGUGGAGCUGUUCACAGAUGACUGGAAUGAUAAUAAAUGCACCGAGCAAAACUUCUGGGUGUGUGAGCAGCCCUCGGUUCCCUGCCCUCAUCACUGA